CAUUGCGCGUAAUGCAAUUGAAGUGCUAACAGCGUCUCGUCUCAGUCGCAUCAGCAGCAACAGUAGCAGCAGCAGCAACAGCGUGGACAUAUCUUCAGUUCUUUUUUUUUUUGGUUUGGUUGAGAAUCUCAACAACACAACAGCAAAGUGUACUUCCUAGUGAACUUCAAACUACAAAUUGUGUGUGCAAGAUUGCAACAUUUGUUUCGCUUGGCGGAUACUUCCUUCUGAGUUUCCCCCAAAUUCGCCGCUCUGCAACAAAAGUGCUUCGAAAGUGUAAAAGUGCAAGCAUCUCUUAACUUUUUUUUUUUGUCUUUGGUCUGUUUUACCAACAAACAACAACAACAACUGCAGCCAAAGCAAACAACAAAACGGCAAAAAAAGUAAAGAAAAGAAAAGAAACAAACACAAAACAAGAAACGCGAAAGGAUUCUCGCUAAACAACUUGUAACAACUGAGAGAAAGAAAGCGUCUGCAAUAACAGCAACAACAACAACAACAAGAACAAACUGUAAUUCGUGAUUGAUCGUGCAAUAAAUUAUUACAAAGAAGUUGACGCACUUUGAAGCUGCAGCAACAACAACAACAAAAAUACUUAAAGAUAUCACAACGAAAGCAAAUCUUAAGCAGACUACAAAUUAAGAUGCAAAUGGCAGCGAGGAGAACAACAACAACAGGCAGCAGAACGAGGAUGUGCACUCUCAGUGUGCUGGCUCUUGGACUGGCGAUGAUGCUGAUGAUGCUGCCCAGCGAGGCAGCUGCUCGCAUGGCGUUCGAGAAGCUGACAGAUUACGAUUUCGCCGGCACCACCUACUACAGCGUGAAGAAUCUAUCGCUCUACGAAUGCCAGGGCUGGUGUCGCGAGGAGGCCGAUUGUCAGGCAGCCGCCUUCAGUUUUGUGGUCAAUCCGCUGUCGCCGUCGCAAGAGACGCACUGUCAGCUGCAGAACGAUUCGUCGGCAGCGAAUCCAUCGGCGGCGCCACAGCGUUCGGCCAACAUGUACUACAUGGUGAAGUUGCAGCUGCGCAGCGAGAACGUCUGCCAUCGUCCUUGGUCAUUCGAACGGGUGCCCAACAAAAUCAUUCGCGGUCUGGACAAUGCCCUGAUCUACACCAGCACCAAGGAGGCUUGUCUGUCGGCCUGUUUGAACGAGAAGCGUUUCAUUUGUCGCUCGGUGGAGUACGAUUACAAUAACAUGAAGUGUGUGCUCAGCGAUUCGGAUCGUCGCAGCUCGGGACAAUUUGUGCAGCUGGUCGAUGCCCAGGGUACCGAUUACUUUGAGAAUCUCUGCCUGAAACCCACCCAGGCCUGCAAGAACACACGCUCCUUUGCCAACGCACGCAUGGGCGUCUCCGAGGAGAAGGUCGCUCAGUAUGUGGGACUCCAUUACUACACCGACAAGGAACUGCAGGUGACCUCGGAGUCCGCUUGCCGUCUGGCCUGUGAAAUCGAAUCGGAAUUCCUUUGCCGCUCGUUCCUUUACCUCGGACAACCUCAGGGUGCUCAAUACAACUGCCGCUUGUAUCAUUUGGAUCACAAGACACUGCCCGAUGGCCCCUCGACCUAUUUGAACCACGAGCGUCCUCUCAUCGAUCACGGCGAACCCAUUGGCCAGUACUUUGAGAAUCAGUGUGAAAAGUCCGCCGCAUCGAACUCGGGCAGCAACGCUGGCAACUCACCACCUGGCACACUGGAUAAGAUCGAUACGCUGCCCGUUAGCCUGGACACCAUCGAGGAUCCCAAUCUGACCAACAUGACGCGCAACGAUGUGAACUGCGACAAGACCGGCACCUGCUACGACGUUUCGGUACACUGCAAGGACACACGUAUCGCUGUCCAGGUCCGCACCAACAAGCCCUUCAAUGGCCGCAUCUAUGCCUUGGGUCGCUCCGAAACCUGCAACAUUGAUGUCAUCAACUCCGAUGCCUUCCGUCUAGAUCUGACCAUGGCUGGCCAGGAUUGCAACACCCAGAGCGUGACCGGUGUGUACUCGAAUACAGUUGUGCUGCAGCAUCACAGCGUGGUGAUGACCAAGGCCGAUAAGAUCUAUAAGGUGAAGUGCACAUAUGACAUGAGCUCCAAGAACAUCACAUUCGGCAUGAUGCCCAUCCGCGAUCCUGAGAUGAUUCACAUCAAUUCAUCGCCCGAGGCGCCACCACCAAGGAUUCGCAUUCUGGAUACACGUCAGCGCGAAGUGGAGACUGUGCGCAUCGGCGAUCGCCUCAACUUCCGCAUCGAGAUCCCCGAAGACACUCCUUAUGGCAUCUUUGCUCGCUCGUGUGUGGCCAUGGCCAAGGAUGCACGCACCAGCUUCAAGAUUAUCGACGACGAUGGCUGCCCUACCGAUCCCACCAUCUUCCCCGGAUUCACCGCCGACGGCAAUGCAUUGCAAUCGACCUAUGAGGCAUUCCGUUUCACCGAAAGCUAUGGCGUCAUCUUCCAGUGCAACGUCAAGUAUUGUCUGGGUCCCUGUGAGCCGGCUGUCUGUGAAUGGAACAUGGAAUCCUUUGAAUCCCUGGGCAGAAGGCGUCGUCGUUCCAUUGAGAGUCCCGCCAAUGAGACUAAGAGCGAGGAUCAUAUGAACAUUUCACAGGAGAUUCUGGUGCUGGACUUUGGAGAUGAAAAACGUGAGUUCUUCAAGGCGGAUCCCAGCACAGACUUCUCCAAAGACAAGACUGUGACCAUCAUCGAGCCGUGUCCCACAAAGACGUCCGUGCUGGCGCUGGCCGUGACCUGUGCGCUCAUGAUCCUGCUCUACAUUUCCACAUUGUUCUGCUACUACAUGAAGAAAUGGAUGCAGCCCCACAAAAUCGUAGCAUAAGUUUAGGCGCCGCAGUGUUACAAGCAACAACAACAGCAACCGCAGCGAAAGCGUAAACAAAAAAAACAGCAAACGAAAAGCAUAAGCUGAAACAAAAUAAAAUGCACACACAGAGGAGAAAAAGGAAAACAAAAAUCAUACACAACAAAAUUGUCACCUACACAAAAAACAUACACACACACACAGACAGCAUCUCACACACUCAUUCGCUAUGUCUAUCUCUCUCGCCCUAAAGCCUGCACUGUGCACGCUGCUAUUGUUGUCGCCAUCGCUAUCGUUGUCGGCACUCAGCGCUCUCUUUUGCAGGAGAGUUCCAGCAAUGAGAGCACACACAGCGCAGCGCAGUAACUUAGCAAUUAUCGCACAUCGAUCGCACUUUCGAUAUCGAUAGCGAAUGCGAUUGCGAUAGCGGACGCAUAGCGCAAGCUGCCUGCAAUUAGCUGACAAGCGUAUAUUUUUUUUUUUUUUUUUAAUUAAUUUACUAUAUAUACAAUUUAUUUAUUUAUAUUUAUUUAGAAUUAGAGAGCGUGAGAUACUUCCAGAUCAUCGACCAAGCCUAUUUUUUAUGCAUACAUAUAAAAAAAAAAACAAAAAAACAUAUUCUCUAACAAUUAGUAGAAAAGCAACAAAAAGAACAACAACAAAAAUCAAAUGCACUUUUAUAUUUAUGCGUAAAAUAAGAAGAAGAAGAAC